AUGGCGCCAGGCACAAUCAUCGAUGAGAACCUAGCGUUGAGCAAUGGUCACACGAAGGACGACAGUGUUAGUCCGACAUAUACUGAAGACGAGCAGGCGGUGCGAUGUGUUCGGAAGCUGUUGAUCGAUAUUGUUCGACAGAAUGGAGGAGGCCAUGGCGGAUCAGCAAUUGGCAUGGCACCGUUGGGCGUCGCCCUUUGGCGUCACACAAUGCGCUACAAUCCCUCGAAUCCGGCGUGGUUCGACCGAGAUCGGUUUGUCCUAUCGAACGGGCAUGCAGCAAUGUUCCUGUACACCAUGCUGCACCUUACUGGGUAUCCACACAUGACUCUCGAUGAGCUCAAGAUGUAUGCAAACCCCAAAGCAGUGGAUUCUGCCACUGGCAAGUGGAAGUCAACCAUAUGCCACGGUCAUCCCGAGAUCGAGGUACCUGGUAUCGAAGUCACGACUGGUCCUCUCGGGCAGGGUGUGGCAAAUGCUGUGGGACUGGCAAUAGCCUCCAAACAACUGGCGGCGAAAUUCAACCGGGCGGACCACGUAUUGAUACAGUCGAGAAUCUAUUGUACCACGGGUGAUGGCUGCUUACAGGAGGGUGUUGCGCAAGAAGCAAUGGCUAUUGCUGGUCACCUAGGCCUCGAUAACCUGGUACUUUGUUACGACAACAACGCCGUUACUUGCGACGGACCUCUUGAGUGGAUCGUGUCAGAAGAUACGAAUGCGAAAGUACGCGCACUGGGUUGGAAUGUCAUCGACGUUUUCAAUGGCGACGCUUCGGUGACUGACAUCGUCGCUGGCUUGAAGCUCGCGAGUUCUACCAAAGGCCGGCCUACGAUGGUCAACAUUCGUACCACGAUUGGCUAUGGAACCUCAACGGCUGGCACAUUCAAGUCUCAUCAUGGCACAUACUCCGAUGAUGAUGCUGGUCUCUAUGCCGAACCUGAGGAUCGUGAGCCGCACAGGAUUUCACAGAUAGGCAGAACUUACCUCGACGCUACGAAGGAUGGCAAGAACACAGAGGACAGCUGGAAGAGUCGACUAACUAGGUAUACUGAGAAGUAUCCCGAAGACGCCCAAGCAUUACAUGAUAGGAUGAGAGGUGUCCAUGACUACAAAUCUGUGCUCGAUUCAAUCAAGGUCCCUCAGGACAUAUUGGCGACACGGCAAUUCAAUGGAAUGGUUGCUGGUGGUGCGGAUUUAUGGAACUCGAAUCAGCUCGGGGAUCAGUCGUCACGCAUAUUCGACGCCAACAACCAGACAGGGCAGGUAAUCCGUUAUGGGAUCCGAGAGCACGCCAUGGCGUCUAUAUCCAAUGGGAUAGCUGCAUACCACCCAGGCUCUUUCAUCCCGAUCACUGCCACUUUCUUCAUGUUCUACCUCUACGCGGCCGCUGGCGUACGCAUGGGAGCGUUGUCAAAUCUCAAAGUCAUCCACAUAGCGACGCAUGACUCGAUUGGCGAAGGACAGAAUGGUCCCACACAUCAACCUGUCGAACUCGAUAGUCUGUUCCGUGCCAUGCCGAAUAUGUUAUACAUCCGUCCUGCGGACGCUGAAGAAGUGGUGGGAGCCUGGGAUGUGGCAUUAUCCUCAGAGGGACACUCUGUCAUGAUCUCCCUGGCCCGAGAUCCAGCUGCUAUCAAGAUGGAAGCGACUGAUAGGAAGAAGGCUGCACAUGGGGGCUACGUCGUCGUGGAGAAUGCUGAGGCAGUGGUCACCUUGAUAUCUUGCGGAUCAGAGCUACAGUUUGCUGUGCAGGCAGCAUCGGAACUAUCGGCGAGCCACAAAAUUGCAACCCGGGUUGUCAGCAUGCCGUCGAUCCGUCUGUUUGAGCAGCAAUCCGAAGCAUAUCAAGACGAAGUCCUCGGCAAUGCUCCUCAUGUGAUCAGCGUCGAAGCUUACAUCGCGACAGUUUGGGCUCGCUUCUGCACAGCAUCAAUCGCUAUGGAUUCAUUUGGCUACUCAGGUGGAGGUGCUGCCAACUUUGCGAGAUUCGGCCUAGACACAGCAGGUGUCGUUCGUAAGGUGAAGGCGCAUGUACAAGGGUCGCAGUCGACAAAGAGGUCUCGUUGGACGCUGUUGCAGUAG